AUGACAGGGGCAGCCUCUGGGACAGACCCUGCCUCUACACUGCCUUCUCUACGGGAAAUCCUGGAGCCCUUGAAGGAUGGGAAGAUAAAAUUUCCGACUCGGACGCUGCAGGAAAAGGUCCUGAGGUUAGGGUCAGCGGCAAGACCGUCCUGUGUCAGGUGGGGGAUCGUGCUGGCGUUGGUUGUGAUUUCCCUGCCAGGCCGGGGCUGUGGCCUGGCGUCGGCACACGACUCUUCCUAUGAGAUAGUCACCCCCACGAUUCUGACGGCGGAGCGGACGGGAGACCCCGGGGAAGAGGCUUCCUACGUGCUGGUUGUGCAGGGCCAGAAGCAGCUGAUUCACCUGACGGUGAAGAGAGACUAUUUUGUCAGUAACUUUCCUGUCUUCAGCUACCACAGUGGCAUCCUGGGGCAAGAAAUGCCUUCCGUCUCACGGGACUGCCACUACGAAGGCUACAUAGAAGGUGCCCCAGGUUCUUUUGUCUCUGUGAACACCUGUUCAGGCCUCAGGGGCAUCCUCAUCAAGGACGGGAAAGCCUAUGGCAUUGAGCCCAUGGAGCCUUCGCAAGGGCCUCAACAUGUGCUGUUCACCAUGGCACAGCAAACGCGAGUCUCCUGCGCCGUCACCUCCAAAGCCAGCCCAGGGGUGUCCGCCAGCUGGCAGCAAGGGGGCAGGAGGCCUCCCAGCCCGCACACGCUGUCCUCCCUGUGGUCACACACCAAGUACGUGGAGUUGUUUGUGGUGGUCAGCAACCAGCGGUUCCAGAUGUGGGGCAGUGACGUCAAUGAGACCAACCUGAGGAAACGAAUUGUGAUGGUAUUUAAAUGUAAGAGCAUUGUCCUGGCCUCAUGGAUCACACAGGCCCACUGA